AUGAGCGGGCUUAGAACGAGCAUCUGGGCCCCCGGCAGCUAUCGCUCCCAGAGUUACAAUGGCUCCAGCUAUAAGAAUCCCGCGCGAGAGAAUGCGCCAGUCUCUACUACCCACUCGCAUACCUCAAGAGAGAUGAGUAAGAACCGGGCAAUCGAAACAACCCGCGAAAUAAUUCUGGAUGGCAAAUUGGCAAACAAUGAGCCACGGAAGAGUUCUGGUGGGCUGGGCGCCAGUCAAUGGGCACCGCGCGAUUACCCCGGAAGAUCAAAAACAGCAAAUCGUCAAGAGGUUUGGACAAUGGUCACGCCAGCCUCGCAACACAAACCGAUGGCUCAUGCGUAUAAUGGCUCGAGUCCUGCAUACGCCUCUCCGGACCUCGGCCUUCCUUACGAAGUACAACAUUACAUUCUCGGCAUGAUGCAGCGGAUCAUGGAGGAGGGGUGUUAUACUUUUGCGUCGCGAUGGAUUCCAGACGUACUACAAAGGAACAAUUGGACGUGCUCGGAAGCGGUUGAACUGUCUACAUGGAGAACGGUCCUUCCAGAAAAUGUCCCACCAGAAGCCAUUACCUCGCACGGUAAAUCUCUUCACCAAUGCCUGGCUAAUGCUGUUAGAAUACGAAACUCUGCUACUCAUCGGCAUAUUUUUUCGAGUCAGGAGCUACGUGGCUUGGCACAACAAGCCGAGGACCUCAUGAGCCUGCUUUCUGACCACUCGAGGCAAUUAAAAUUUCAUAAGCUGUGGACUGAAUUAUACGAUUGGGAAAAGCUCUGUGUAACAGACAUGCAAGCUGCCAGAUACAAGAUGGAAACGGCACUUCAACAGAUUGGGGAACGUCCUAUGGAGGACGAUAUGGAUUGGACACCUAAUGUAAUCUCAUUGGAAAAAGUUCCCGCGGUGGAGAUAGGACCAGAAGAGGUCGAGAAUCACGAAGGUCAUGAUGCAAUGGAGAUCGAUUAAAGAAUACACUACGAAGGGAUUAUGGGACGGCGAAUUGGCGUUGGUUAGUCGUACGCUGUAUGAAUUGGGAGGAUCGUAGCUUCAGGAGUACUUGUGGGGGUAUAGCGGGUCGGUAGGAUUUCAAAUACCCUUUUUGUCGCCUCUUGGCAAAUCUUAGACACAUUGUUUGAGGGGCAGAGACUUGUUAAAAAUUGUUUUCUAGGCAGAAACAUAAAAAUGAGAUCGAAUUGUUCCACACUUUAAA